AUGGCGAGCAAGUCCCAGCUGAUGCUUCUGGCCAUGGUUGUGACAGUCCUCCUGGUUGGAGUGGACGUUGGUGGCAUCGCAAGCGCAGCAGCCCAGCAGAAAUGCAAAUCUGGAUGGAACUGGGACGGCCACAAGUGCAUCCAGUGUCCCAAGGGCUGGUACUGGUAUAGCAACGAUUGCCACAGAUGCCUCUCCGGUUGGAAGUGGAGUGGAAGCAAAUGCGUGAGCUGCCCGAGCAACUGGUACUGGUACAACAACAAGUGCCACCAAUGCCCGUCCGGAUGGAAGUGGAGUGGAAGCAAGUGUGUGAGCUGCCCCAGUGACUGGUAUUGGUAUAACAACGAUUGCCACCGCUGUCCGUAUGGCUGGAAAUGGAGCAAGGCUCACUGCACCAAGAACUAA